CCCAUUCCUCGAGUAUAUAAGCCUCGUCCCAUUCCAUCGAUAUCUAUCCUCUUCCAUCAAUCAAUCCUUCACUAAAGUCCAAAGAUCACUCCGUCAAGAUGUCUAUGUCCGUCGAAGACUGCGCUCAACCCCGUGCCUCCCGUCCCGUCCCCCACACCCCCACCAACGUCCUCGACCAACUCUCCCUCAAAGGCCGCACUGUCUGCAUCACUGGCGCUGCCGACGGGAUCGGGUUCGCCGUGGCAGAGGCAAUGGCCGAAGCCGGCGCUGAUCUGGCACUGUGGUACAACUCCAACCCAGCCGCGAUUGAGAAGGGAGAAGCUUUGGCCAAGAAGCACGGGAUCAAUGCGAAAGCGUAUCAAGUGGAGGUUACUGACCCAGUGAAGGUGGAGGCUGGUGUGAAUGAAGUCGUGAAGGACUUUGGCGGAAUUGACGUCUUUGUCGCAAACGCCGGAAUGGCGAUUUCCAAGCCCCUCCUCGAAACCUCCCUCGAGGAAUACCGCAAACAAAUGUCCGUCAACCUCGACGGCGUCGUCUACUGCGCAAAAUACGCCGGUGCGGUCUUCAAACGCCAGGGCCGCGGGAACCUCAUCAUCACCUCCUCCAUGUCCGCACACAUCGUCAACGUUCCCGUCGACCAACCGAUCUACAAUGCCUCAAAGGCAGCCGUAACACACCUCGGCAAAUCCCUCGCACGCGAAUGGCGGGAGUUCGCUCGUGUCAACGUGGUUAGCCCUGGUUUCUUCAAGACCAAGAUGGGAGCGAGUACGGAGGCGGAGAAUGAGGCGAAUAGGAUGAGUGUGCUUGGGAGGCAGGGAGAUGUUAAGGAGAUUAAGGGGUUGUAUUUGUAUCUCGCGAGUGAUGCGAGCAGUUUCCAGACGGGGAGUGACGUGCUUAUUGAUGGUGGGUAUACGUUGCCUUGAGCUUAGGCGUCACAGGCACAAAGACAGUGACAGAGAAGCUCAACAACGCAUUGAACUAUUCCAUCAAACAUCAAAGACCGUGAUUUCCAAAGAAUCAAGAGACAAGGGGGCCAAAUGCUUCUUGAGCGGCC